CAUUAAUCAACUCUUGCAGAACUUGGCACAGAUGGCGUGGCAUCUACAGGUGACAUCCGAAUGCGAGUUGCUAUUCGACGUUCGCGAUCUAGUGCCUCGGCAAUGAGCUGUCAGCCAGUUCGAUUCCAUGCCAAGCUCAAUGCCGACUGUACAAAGCUCUUCAGCAUCAGCACUUCUCCUACAAGUCUCAAGAGUCAAUGGACGGCGUCAUCGACCCGCCAGAGACUAUCAUGGCACCCAAGAUCCAACCGAGCGACAUUGGGACAAAGGUGAAGCGGGAGUACAUUGAAGUAAAUGGCUGGAAGUGGUCAUAUCUCGAAGCCCACGCUGAAGGAACACAAAAAGCCGUAGCAGUCCUCAUCCACGGAUUUCCAGAUCAGUCACUAGCAUGGCGAUACCAAAUCCCGCUGCUCACAUCUCUUGGCAUUCGAACUAUCGCCCUCAACUGCAUGGGCUAUGGAGAGACUGGAGCAUCCGAUAACUUACGAGACUAUGGCUUCAAAUCCCACGCAGAUGUCGUCGCUGCCAUAGCUAAGAAAAUCGGCACCCACAAGAUCAUCAUCGGCGGACACGACUGGGGCGGAGCCACAGUCUACCGCGUAGCCCAAUGGUACCCAGAUCUAAUCUCCCACGUCUUCAGCGUCUGCACCGCCUACGCCCCUCCCACAAAAUCCUACAUCAGCACCAAAACCCUCGCCGAAACUACAAUCCCCCAGUUCGGCUACCAACUCCAACUCGGCAGCGAAGACCAAGUCAUCGAAAACGUCAUAAAAGACCGCUCCACAAUGAAAAAAUUCCUCCACGGAAUGUACGGCGGUCGUGUAGCUUCAGGAAAAUAUUUCAUGCUCCCCAAAACAGGCAUCGACCUCUCAAUCCUAACCUCCGAAUCCGAAACCAUCGCACCAACCCCCUUACUCAACGACUCCGAACUCUCAUACUACGUCGACGAAUUCAUGAAAAACGGAAUCCAUGGUCCAUGUAAUUGGUAUCGAACGAGGGAAAUUAAUUUUCAAGAAGAUUUGGAGCUUCCAAAGGAGACGAGGAAUUUGAUCAAACAGCCUACGUUGUAUAUUUUGGCUACGAGGGAUAUGGUGCUGACGAGGGAAAUGAGUGCGAAGAUGGAGAAAGCUGUGCCGAAUCUGACGAGGGGAGAGGUUAAGGCUACGCAUUGGGCGCUUUGGCAUGCGCCGGAUGAGGUUAAUGGGAUUUUGAGGGAGUGGUUGGAGGGGGUUGUGUUGGGUGGGGGGAAGGAGAGUAAAUUGUGAGGUUGUUGUGGGGAGGGAGGGCGUUCGACGGGGAACAAGAGGAAGGAGGAAGUAUUGUAGGCACAGU